UCAAUGCACAGAGUAAGGCCCUGACAGUAAAGCCGUGGCAAUAUCGGACUGAAGGAUCGCGGGUUCGAGUCCCGCAUGUGUUCGUCCUUCCGUCCCCAUCAUAAUCAUAUCGUGUCAUCUUCAUAGUCACCAUAACGUUAAACUCAAUGGUGGACACUAAUGACCUAGAUUUUGAUGCUGUCUUAAAUCACAAAAAAGUAUAGAUUUUUAUCUUUUUUCUAUUUGGAUGAAACAUCCUUUGGCAGACAUCGGCCAAGGAGGUUGUAACCUCCUUGUCAGCGGGGAUAACGUUUAGGAUUGGUUUUUCUCUUUGCACGUUUUCUGAGUCCUGAGCAUGUGUGUGUUUUGUGGGGGGAAGUAGGGUUAGGUUGACCGCGUGCUGUUAACAGUUCAUGUUGUUUCCCCGAUUGUGCGAUUGUGCGGAAGCGAUUGUGAAUUUAUAUAUUUUUAAGUGUAAAUCUCUGCAGAGUCAAGAUGCGUAUUGAAACGUGUUAUUUCUGCUCAUCAAGGAUUUAUCCUGGCCAUGGAAUUCAAUUCGUGCGCAAUGAUUGCAAGAUAUUUAAAUUUUGUCGAUCGAAGUGCCAUGCAGCAUUUAAGAAAAAGAAGAAUCCUCGUAAAGUUAAGUGGACGAAAGCAUUCAGAAAAACUGCUGGUAAAGAACUUGCUGUAGAUCCAUCUUUUGAAUUUGAAAAAAGGCGUCAUGUUCCCGUGAAAUACGAUCGUGAAUUGUGGACUAAAACCGUGGAAGCCAUGAAGAAGGUUGUAGAUAUCCAGCAAAGGCGACAAUCACAUUAUGUUAUGCAGCGACUUAGAAAAGGUCGUGAUGUGGAAAUACAAGCAGAUAUUCGCACAGUCCAGAGAGAUCUGUCUCUCAUCAGGUCUCCAGCUGCUGGUCUUAAAGAACGUCGUGCUGAAGAAGAAUCUAUUGCUGAAAAAGUUCAUGAAUCAGAUGUUGAAAUGGAAAUACCACAUGAGGAGGUCACUCUUUAGUUUGAGUGAAUUUUCAAUUUUAGUUUCAUGUAUAAUUUGUAAAUUUCCAUCAAAAUAAGUUCGAAAUGCUUUUUCUUCAAUAAAAUUGUACUGUGGAGUUAUAAAUUGAUGUUCAAAUCAUUUUGAACUAAUUUAGAGGACAUAGGUGGCUUGCAUGUUAGGCUUCCGAAGAGUGUUUCUCAAAUUUUUGUUGAAUAAAAUUAUCUUUACCUGGUUGCCCAAGUAUUGUGAUGGUACAUUACCAGGAUAUACCAAGUAAGUCUCUUAAAUGCUAAUUUCAUCAUUAUUGCAAGUUAUAUACAUGUUGGAUACUACACAAAAAAAAAAAAAACGUUUUCUUUACCGACUCUUAAUUACUAAAAUUAUUUUAAAUGAAUGAUAUAAAUUCUUUUGUAUAAAUUCUACUGUUUGUCCUAUAUUUGAAUACCCUUCCUUAUUCAUGUGAAAUGACUGUCACAGAUGUGACAAUUUGCUGUCGGUGUUCUGUUAGCCUGUAAGGGAAACUGAGGUGAUACCACUGUUAAAUAAGGCCAACAAGCAUAUUUUUAGCAUUUGUAACUGCAGGGCCAUUAUUUGUUGAAAACCAGUUGUUACUUCAUACUUCUGUUGGCUACUGCAUCAUUGGAGAGGGUGCUUCAUGGUCACUUUAAUAUAUUUUCUAGCACUACAACUGUAACUUACCAGUCACACUAAUGGGGGAGAGCGAACAGUGGAUCCUAGCAUAGGUUUUUUUUCAAUUAUCUUUGUUUAGGUAAUGUAUUCCUGUUGCACCUUUUGGGCCUUAUAUUAUUAGAACCUUUCCCAACUCUCUUUAAGUGAUAGUUUCAGCUUUCAACGUUUGUCAGAUGUUUACAAAACAUUUCAAAACAGUUUUCAACUAUAAUCGCUUCCUAAAAACUACUGGACUGUUUGAGACAGGCCUUCCAUCAUGUAAUUGUAUUUUCGUAUCUGUUAAUUAAGAGUUGUGCAAUUGGGUCAGCAGUUUGAGUGUUGAAAUAAUUCUUUAAACACUCAGAGAGGCUAGUUCUAUAUUCCCAUGUAAAGAAUCGUAAGUUAACACAAUGAUAAGUGUUUAUGGCCUUGCCAUACCCCCAAAACAAAAUGAUUGUAAUAUGAUGCUAAAUACAUGUAGAAUCUUACUUGCUCUUCUAUCCACAAAUUUUUUUUUUCCCAGUUCAAUUUCUUAAUUGUUUUUAUCAAAAAACAGUUAAAUAUUAAUAAAAAGUGCUGUUAACAAAUCACGAUUAUCAACAUUUAAAAGCUCGACAUUAUUUGUUACCGAUUUUAAGAUUAUAAUAUAAAUUUGGUAAUAUUAUGUCUUUACCAAAUGUUUGUUAAAAGUGUUAAUAAGGACAUUUUUCAUUUUCACUCAUUACCAUUAUUUUACUCUUGAAAUUUUAGCCAAAAGUGCAAAAACAGACCAUACUAGCCAAUCACAGAAGAAUAACAGUGAUUAAUCGUCUUUUAAUUAUCACCUCCUCCAAUCCUAAUUAUUGCUUUGCUUCUGUUCAGUGUGCACAAACAGCACAAUCUUAUAAGUAUGAUUGUGCAAUCUUUGCACUUGAUGUAAAUCAGCUGUUGCUCAUUUAGCAGCUGCUGAUAUAUCCAACCGCUUAUAUGUCAAGCUAGUUCAGAGCAAUAAACGAUUAUAAUGGCAGCUUCUUUAACAAAUGAGCGUUGCCAAAGACCGCAAAACACUGAUAAAUAUUUUUCCACUGCUGAGUAGUAGAAUCAGCUGGAUGGAUUUUGUAAUUGAAUGUAUUUUCAUGAUGUGUAAGUUAGAAAUAGUUUUCACGAGAGAUUGAUUGACUUCUGCUAUCAUUAAUUACAAAAAAUUGUAUGAAAUAUGCCAUCAGACAGGAGAAUGACCCUGAAUUCUGAAAACCCCAUGUUGGUCUUGUGAAAACUAUCAGAAUUCUGUUGGUACUCUUUGAUAUUGCAUGUUCAGAACUUUCAAAUUAACGUGCACUGUAUGUUUUGCAAUUCGAGUAAUUGAUAUUUAUAAUAUCUAUUGAUUGAUCGUUCUGACUAAUGAUCAAUUGAAUGGGUGUUUAAAAAUUUAAAUUAAAAGAUUUCAUGCCUUCAACAACUUUAUUAUCUAUGGUUGAAUGGUAUCAUUAAGUAUAUAAAUGAAAAAUAAUGCUCUGUGUUUGUUCUGAUUUCUUUGAAGGGUACAACUGGUCACCAAACACCUUCAAAAUUUAAUAAAUAUUAUCCACUUUGAUCUUUUCAAGUCAAACUUUAUGAAAUUAAAAUUACUUUACCUCAGUACUUUGAGAACAUGUGUCCUAAAAACCCUCGACUUACUGUGCAUUCAGCUCAAAAUCCAAGUCAGUCGAGUUUGCCAGGAUAAGGAGUAAAAUAU